CUUAGCCACUACCGUCUUAUGGUGUGAAUCAAGCUUUAAAAUCAUCAACUCUACAUAAAUUGUUUAUUUCGUCGAAGUUUAUGUUAUGAUAUGGGCACUACGAGUACGCCUACGUUUAUAUGGAUUAGAUUUUCGUUUGGUUCAGUCUGACAAAGGCUAGAUUUUUAUAUCGUACAGUGACAUCGUAUUGUAUUUCAUUGUACCAUUGUAUUUUGAACCAAUCUUGAAUAUUGAUAUGAUCAAGGACUUCCAACACACCUCCUGAACAAUUGCUAAUUGAUACUACGUUUUCGUACACUAAAUGAUUUGUUGUGGACAUCGAAAACUUUCCAUCUCCUCAAAAUAUUUGCGACAUAUUCGUGCCAACAAGAUGGCUUAUAAAUUCUCCAUUGGUCUGGCCAUGAUGGCGAUUCAAAUAGGUUGGCUAGGAAUAUCCUUUUCGCUAGCAUUUUUCGUCACCUUUAUGAUUUAUCUGGCGACUGGUGGUUGGAGAUUUUUCCGACUUCUUUGGCUUACUUUUCCUAGGGAUUUGAGGUUGAUAAUAUUUCACAUAAAGCAUCAGUUACAGUUCAAAAGAGUGAUUCGCCAGCAACUUACUGUAUGCGACUUAUUUUCUAAAACCGUGACCAACUAUCCUGACAGAGUAGCAUUUAUGUUUGAAGACAAGAAAUGGACAUUUAGAGAUGUCGAGUGUUUCUCAAACAAAGUGGCAAACUAUUUUCAAAGUGUGGGUUAUUCUAAAGGGGAUGUGGUUGCAAUAUUCAUGGAAAAUAGGCCUGAGUUUGUGUUUUUUUGGCUUGGUCUUGCCAAAAUUGGUGUCAUCAGCGCUUUGGUGAAUUACAACCUCAGGAAAGACUCACUUGUGCAUUGUGUAUCGAUUUCAAAAGCCAAGGGUUUGAUUUAUUCAUGUGAAUUGGCAGAUGCAGUUUCGGACAUUUUACCACGUAUAUCUGAUGUGAGACUGUAUGAGUUUGGAGAUGGCAUUUUUAGUGGUCUUCAGUCAGAAAAUCUUUUGAAAAAUUUAAAGUCUUCAUCUCAUUCUGCGCCAACUGUGAAACAUAUGAUAAGCAACAAAGAUAUUUUGUUUUAUAUCUAUACAUCUGGAACCACGGGCUUUCCAAAAGCAUCAGUGAUAAGACAUGUCAGGUUUAUCAAUGUAGCUAUUGGUUUUUCAAUACUGAGUAAUAGCAAGCCAGAUGUGGUUCUCUACUGUGCACUACCGCUGUACCAUACUAGUGGAGGCAUGUUAGGCGCUGGAAGCACUUUGAUACGCGGUUCAACCCUCGUCGUGCGCAAAAAGUUUUCUGCAAGAUGCUUCUGGGACGACUGUAUUAAAUACAAAGCAACGCGUGCAAUUUAUAUUGGCGAAAUUUGUCGUUAUCUCCUUGCUCAGCCACCAAAAGAUUGCGAACGUAAGCACUCGCUUUCUGUGAUCUUUGGUAACGGUCUGCGACCUCAGAUUUGGAACGAGUUUAAGGAAAGAUUUAACAUACCUCGUAUCGUGGAAUUUUACGGCGCGACUGAAGGAAAUGUUGGAUUGGUUAACCUGGACGGGCAUUCGGGUGCUAUUGGAUUUAUACCCGUCAUUUCUUCUGUACCUAUUGUAAAAAUUUUCAAGGUUGAGAUGGGCACAGGGCAACUUUUGCGUGGAUCGGAUGGCUUUUGCAUUCCAUGCAAACCUGGAGAAAUUGGUCAAAUCGCUGGUAAAAUUGUCGCUGGUGAUGAAACACGUCGAUUCGAUGGCUACGUGAACAAGAAAGCGACAAACAAUAAAAUUGCCCACGAUGUUUUAAAAAAGGGCGACCAAUGGUUCCUAAGUGGCGAUGCGGUUUACUGGGACGAGUUGGGAUAUGUCUAUUUUCACGAUCGCCUUGGUGACACGUUUAGAUGGCGUGGAGAAAAUGUGUCCACGUCCGAAGUUGAAGCAAUCAUGGCAAAUGUACUAAGUUUAAACUCGGUAGUCGUGUAUGGAGUUGAAAUUCCCGGAUGUGAAGGCCGAGCAGGAAUGGCAGCCAUUGAAGAUCCACAUGACGUCAUUGAUGUAAAGUUUUUAUCGCAGAAGCUACGGGAACUCUUACCCUCCUACGCCAAACCCGUAUUCCUAAGGAUUACCAACACUGUAGAUGUAACAGGAACUUUUAAAUUCCAAAAGGCUGUCUUGAAGAAGGAAGGAUUUGAUCCCACGCUUGUUCGAGAUAAGUUGUUUUACUUUGAUGACGUUUCUGGUGAGUACAAUAUCCUCACUGAAGAAAUUUAUAGAAAGUUUGUUGCCGGUGACAUGCGCAUUUGAAACUAAAUAUAGCUAAUUAGAAACAGUGAUAUGUUUAUUGGCCUGGAUAGCGCAUCUGUUGUGAAACCCUAAAGUUCUGUUUCAAUGGCAAUGACGUAGCCAGCUCCUUAGUUGGGGAAGGGGGGGGGAGGCAAUAUUUAUAUGUGUUUUUGCCGUAUUAAGUUCCUUUGAAAUCAAAUGUUUUCUGGGGAUACAAUCGCACAAAAGAACUGCUUAAAAAUACAAAUGCCUUGAUUGCAUUAUUACACUUCUAACAUUUAUAAAACCUGGUAACCACUGACCUCUCAUAUCUCACUUCAGAUAUUCACCGUAUUCAUAUUGUAUUUAAUACGUGGUUGCGUUAUCCAGUUUCAUGUUCAUAUCAAUGAAUAAGAAAUCAUCCUAUCGAUUGACUUUACGUAUUUGAAACAUAGUUUUGUCAAAUACGCACUAACAAAGUAAUGAUAUACUGAUGAACUAGAGAGAAACAAACAUUGGUUGUUAUAGAAAAUUGAGCUCUAGUUCCUAUAUAAAUUAAAAAGCAGCUUUCGCUUAAGAAAAGAAAUCUGCUCUUUGAAUUAUAGUUUAAUGGAAAGGAACUUUCAAAAUGACAGUAAACUUUCUGAAACAGUUUGUGAAUAUUUGUUUUGAAUCUCAAAAUAUUCGAGUUUUUAUUUUUCGGUUUUGUACUACCAGGAUAUGAUAUUUGAUUAUGAAAUUUGAACUGAUCCGGUAUAUUUAAUGAUAUUUUAACUACCUAAGUAUUUCAUGCAAAAGUUGCUGUGAAACUGACGGAUAUUUGAUAUUUUGGCGACUUGCAAUACGAUGUAAAGGGUUGUACAAAAUGAACUGUUUUAGAAAGUCUUUUGUCAUUUUAAAAGUUCUACGCGGCUGUUUUAUCCUUUUCGCUGUUUUUGAAAUUUCGUUCUCUGCACCCAGCCACUAUAUGUUUGUCAAUACCUCAUAAAUCUUCAUCAAGACAGGAAAAUUCAACGUAGAUUAAUGUCGUAGAGAAAUGAUAAAUAUUUUUGAUUUUCCCAGAAUAGAAUGCAGGUAUCGACAGCAAUUUUUGCACAUAUAUUUUUGAAUAUAUAAUUUUGUCAAUACGA